AUGCGUAGGAGACCCCUAGAGUUUGGAGUAGGGGACUUUGUUUAUAUCAAGGUGAAACCUCGGAAGGGAAUCAGUCGGUUCGGGGUCAAAGGAAAGUUGGCACCCCGAUACAUUGGACCUUUUCCGAUAGUCCAAAGAAUUGGGAACAUGGCUUAUCGGGUAGAUUUGCCACAAGAACUAGAGCAUAUCCACAGCGUGUUUCACGUGUCUCAACUUAAGAAGAGUCCGCUAGAGACCCAGCAAGUCUUAACUUGGAGAAACUUGUCACUGCAAAGUGAUGCCACCUACAAGACAGAGCCUAUACGGAUUUUAGCACGAAGUACCAGGCAGCUGAGGAACCGCGAGGUUCCGUUGGUGAAAGUUCAAUGGACGCACCAAGGAAAGGGGAAGGUUACUUGGGAACUUGAGGCAGAGAUGCGUGAGAAGCACCCCCACCUAUUUAGCUAA